GUGAGCCGCACGCGUACACGGACACGCAGCACUCGCUUAUUAUCCCACGAGGCUUGCUCUUUAGGCUCGACUCUUUUUUAACUCUCGGGAAAUUCAUCCUGUAAGCGGACGUUCAAGUGUUAUAUUUUCCUCUUAGCCUCUCCCUCUCUCUCUAUCUGUUUUUCCCUAUUGGCGUGGACGCACGCGCGUGUUCUCUGCGUUCGUGUGCAUCUUAAUUUCGCGGGACUACAAUCAUCGCCUGCUGGACCACUCCCGGAGGAAUAGUCAGCCAAAUCACAAGCCAUGCCGCUGUCAGACUUCCAAAAGAAGAAACUCCUCUUCGUCUUCAACACGUUUUUCGAUUUCAACCAGAGCGGGUCGAUCGACAUAAAAGAUUUCGAUUUGGCGGUACAGAAAAUCUGCGAAGAGAGAGGCUGGAGUGACGGCAACCCAAGAUAUACGCACGUCAAGGAGACGAUGAACAAAGUCUGGAAUGGACUUCAGCAGGGCGCUGAUGCUGAUAACGACGGCCAGAUCACCCGAGAGGAAUGGUACUCGAUGUGGGAGGAGUACGUCAAGAGCCCGGACAACGCGGUCGAGUGGCAGCAGACGUACAUGAAUCUCGUGUUCGACAUCGAGGACGUUUCUGGUGACGGCUCGAUCGACGAGGCAGAGUUCAGCCAGGUGUGCAAAACCUAUGGCGUCGAGGAGACCGAGUCGAAGGAUGCUUUCAAGAAGCUCCAAGUUGGAGACGAGAUAACGCGCCCGAAAUUCGAAAAGCUCUGGCAGCAGUUCUUUUCGUCGGACGACCCAAGCACGCCCGGCAACUUCGUCUUCGGGAAGACGUCCUACUAAGAGCCACUGGACCCUUACCAAAGUGAUAACACACACUCACACAUGAGAUCAUCGCGUAAUGAUUGAAGAUGAAAAAAAUUGUAAAAUUACCAUUAAAAAAAAAA